UCCGAAUUUCAUUACCGGACUGUAUUCCAUCGUGCUCAGAUAUCUUCUUAUCAAACAACGCUCCAGCCAUGGCACGUACAAAGCAGACGGCUCGCAAGUCCACCGGAGGAAAGGCCCCUCGGAAACAGCUGGCCACCAAAGCGGCUCGCAAGAGUGCUCCAGCCACCGGAGGAGUGAAGAAGCCCCAUCGCUACCGACCGGGAACCGUGGCUCUGCGUGAGAUCCGCCGUUAUCAGAAAUCGACGGAGCUGUUGAUCCGCAAGCUGCCCUUCCAGCGUUUGGUCCGCGAGAUCGCCCAGGACUUCAAGACCGACCUGCGGUUCCAGAGCUCGGCCGUCAUGGCCCUGCAGGAGGCGAGCGAAGCCUAUCUGGUGGGCCUGUUCGAGGAUACGAAUCUGUGUGCGAUCCAUGCCAAGCGUGUGACUAUCAUGCCGAAGGACAUCCAGCUGGCUCGUCGGAUCCGCGGGGAACGUGCUUAGAUGAAGAGCUGGAAUGCGAAGCUGCCUAAUCAAAAUCCCAGGCCUGACCUACAAAACGGCCCUUUUCAGG